CUACUGCUCCUGCUGCUCGGGGAUGGCUGGAGGGGGCAGGGGUUGUGGUGCGGGGGCCAUGUCCAUCUCCUCCUCCAUCUCGGCAGCAGCUGCCAUCAGAUGGCCGAACAUGGGCGUCUUGGGCGAGGGCGACUUGUCCUCCUCCUCGCGGUCGUCUCGGUCGCGCCUGUAGUCUCGGUCAUCCCCGUCGUAGCGGCGGCGGCGGCGGUCGUACUCGUCGUCAUCGUAUCGCCGGGGGUAGUCCCUGUCCCUCUCGCCCGAGCGACUGCGGGCACGGUAACGGUCAUAGUCACGCCCGCCACGACGGUUCCUGCAGCCAAACACGACACGACCUUGUCACCUUGUGUGUGAGUGUGCGUAUGUGUCUGUGUGUGUGUGUGUGGCUAAGCAUCUGUCUCACCCAUCGCGGUCGUCUCGAUCGCGCCUGUAGUCUCGGUCAUCCUCGUCGUAGCGGCGGCGGCGGUCGCACUCGUCGUCAUCGUAUCGCCGGCGGUAGUCCCUGUUCCUCUCGCGCGAGCGACUGCGGGCACGGUAACGGUCACAACCGUACCCAUCGCCCUCGCCACUGCCCCGACGCCUCAGGCUGCAGACAGAGCAACAGAGACACAAACACACACACACACACACACGGUGAAGAGGUGUGUGCGUGUCUCUCCCUGUGGCGUGUACGGACGCUCACCCUUUGUCCUUCGAGAGCUUUCGCUGCUUCAGUAAUGGAGUGAGUGUGUCUACGGCCGCCGGGUCCUCCUCAGAGGAUGGCGAGCGCUGCAGCCGUGGCUGUCCGGAUGGUGCUGAUCUUGGCGGAAUGGCAGCUGCUGCAGCAGCGGCCGGUGCAGGUGGCUGUGGCUGUGUUGUGUCGGUGACGAUGUCCCUGUUGAUGGGCGUGUGGUUGGCGCCCUGCCUGCUGGCCAUGCCGGGUGUGUAUGUGGGCGGGGGCGAGGUGGGCAGGGGGGCGAGGGACGGCGAACACGAGAGGCUUCUGGCGCCUCGAGGGACUCAACGCCACCAAGACUGCAUCAAGGCAUCCAGCAGACGACAGACGAGGACACGAGUGACAGGCCUAUCUUCCUUCGCAUCUGGCUUGUCUUCUUUUACCCAGCACGAUUCAGUAUCCCUCCUCUUCCUGAGUCUCCCUCUCUCCCACGCUCGUGUGGCUGCGGACUCCCGACCGCAGACGGACCGCUAGGCGAGUAUUCGGGCGGUGGGCGAGACCGCCGCCGUGCGUCACCCCAUUCCCAUUCCCAUUCCUCACCAUUCCCAUUCCCAUUCCCCUCGUUGCCCCGGUCCAGACGACCGAUGCCCAGGUCACUCGAGUCACGCGAUUUGCCCCAAGGUGAGCUGGUGCGGUCAGCAGGGUGGGUAGUGGGGGGGCGGGAAGGGCUGUGGUCGUCCCUCGAGGCCUCACUGGGUGCAGCUGCGGCAGGGUGUGGCUGAGGGUCGCCACGGCGGAAAAGCUGAUAACACAAAUACAUGGGUGCUCUGGUGGUUGGCGUAUCCUUUGUGGUCUCGGUUGCGUACCGGUGAUGGUUUGUGCAUCGGCUCCCUCAUGGAGGCGUUGUUCCUGGGCCGCAUGUCGACGUCCCUCCCAGCACCCUCACCCCCACGGCCCUGCUCUCGCUGCUCCUCGACAUCCAUCGGCUGCCGCACACCAUCGCCGUCUCCAUCCCCACCAAGUUGCAGCAUUCUGUCCCUGACCGAGUCUCGCGUCAAGGGGUGCUGCAUGCCGGCUCCCAUAUCAAGGCCGGUGGCGUGGCCCUCGCCGUUGACACGCACAUCUCGGCCACGCCAACGCUCACGCUCACGGACAUGCUCAUCUAGCUGCGGAGGCUGCAGUUGUGGCUGUCCGGAGGGUGUUGGUCUUGGCGGAAUGGCGGCAGCAGCAGCUGCUGCAGGUGCAGGUGCAGGUGGCUGUCUUGUGUCGGUGACGAUGUCCCUGUUGAUGGGCGUGUGGUUGGCGCCCUGCCUGCUGGCCAUGCCGGCUGUGUAUGUGGGCGGGGGCGAGGUGGGCAGGGGGGCGAGGGACGGCGACACACGAGAGGCUUCUGGCGCCUCGAGGGACUCAACGCCACCAAGACUGCAUCAAGGCAUCCAGCAGACGACAGACAAGGACAUGAGUGACAGGCCUACCUUCCUUCGCAUCUGGCUUGUCUUCCUUUACCCAGCAUGAUUCAGCAUCCCUCCUCGUCGUGAGUCUCCCUCUCUCCCACGCUCGUGUGGCUGCGGACUCCCGACCACAGACGGACCGCCAGGCGAGUACUCGGGCGGUGGGCGAGACGGCAGCCGUGACGGCGUGUCACCACCCUCACCAUCCUCCCCUUCCCCAUUCCCAUCCCCCUCGUCGUCAUCAUCAGGAUUACUCCAGUCCUGCCGUGUCCUCCUUCCCGGCGGGUUCAGAAACGACUCCCACGCCUCUGCGGGCCCCCGUGCUGAUGCCGGGUCGGGCGCCGAGGGGUCUUCAGCAAUACCAGGGGUCUGCCUGGAUGAGAAGGGCAGCCCCUGCUCCUUCGCUGACGACAUCAUGG